AAGAUUAGAAAGUACAGCAACAUUCUAGAAACAAAGGUCUUAAACAGAGAUAAAUUGAGGCACAGGAGGAGAGGGGAGGGGAGAGACAGGUAGAAAGGUUAGGAAGGUAGAGAGGCGAGGAGAGCAAGUGAAAGAUUAGAAAGUACAGCAAC